UUCGCAACCUCGUGUCGUCCCCGCAACUAAAACCACCUUACCCCAGCCUCAGUUUCCGGCAACCUCGCCGCCGGGAUCCGCCACAAUGUCGCUGCCUCUUUCUUCCUGCCUGAGCUUCACCUCCUACCGCGACUGGUGCUACCAUCGCUCCUUCCUCUCCGCCGGGCUCUGUCCCACCAUCCUCCACCUCCAGGCAGAUCAAUCCACCAUCUGCUGCUGGACCCCUCGAAAUCCUAACCCAGAAACCCGCCCCUCAAUUCUCCUACUGCACGGCUUCGGCGCCAACGCUACCUGGCAAUGGUCCUCCUAUCUCCGUCCCCUCCUCCACGCUGGCUUCGAUCUCUACGUGCCCGACCUCCUCUUCUUCGGGGGAUCCUCCACCUCCCGAUCGGAUCGCAGCGAGACCUUUCAAGCCGAGUGCGUCAUGGCGGCCAUGGAGGCGAUUGGGGUGAAUAGGAUCCGGGCGGUGGUUGGGGUUAGCUAUGGAGGGUUUGUGGGGUAUCGGAUUGCGGCGAUGUUUGAAGCGAUGGUGGAGAAGGUGGUGUUAAUCUCUGCCGGGGUGUGUUUGGAGGAAAAGGAUGUGAAGGAAGGGAUGUUUGUGGUGGAUGAUCCGGAGGAGGCGGUAAGCAUUUUGUUGCCGCAGAAUCCGGAGAGGCUUCGGCAGCUUAUUCGACUCUCGCAUUGCCGGCCACCGCCGGCUCUGCCGGCUUGCUUUUUGUCGGAUUUUAUACAUGUAAUGUGCACGGAUUAUGUGGAUGAGAAGAGGGAAUUAAUCUUCGCUUUAAUCAGGGACAGAAAACUUUCAGAUCUUCCAAAGAUUUCUCAGCCAACCCUGAUUAUAUGGGGAGAGAAAGAUCAGAUAUUUCCGUUGGAGUUGGGGUACAGAUUGAAAAAGCAUUUAGGGGAGAACUCCCAGCUUGAAGUCAUCCAGAACGCAGGUCAUGCUGUUAAUCUCGAGAAGCCAAAGGAACUGUGCAAACUCUUGAAAGCAUUUCUCUUAGAUUCAUCCAAACAAGAAUAUAGAAAGCAGAAGGCUACAAAAUGGUAUUAUGCAACUAAAUAUGCGGGUGAGGGUGUGAAGAAAUUUGCUGUUCAUCUUCCUUUGUUGUCUGGACAGCGAGGAAAGGCUUGAAGAGAUUGCUUGUUGCUGCUGCAUAUUCUUAUAUACUUAUAAUCCAUUUAUAUUUUAUAAUAUUUAAUUAUAUAAAAUAUGAUACAUGUAAUGUUAUAUGAUAUGGGCCGGACAUGGGGCAACAAGCCAUAACUCAUUUGUUUGAUUUAUACAUAGAUAAUGUAUUUAAAAGAUGCUA